GUAGUACACAUACGCUGACAAAACAAUCUUGCUCUUGAUCGCGCAAUAAUGUAACAUCGAAGAAAACAAAUCUGCUCUGUCAGCAAUGAGUAGUCAAACGGAAGACCUUGUGUUUCCCUAUUGUGAAAAUGCCAGUGAAAAAUAUGAGAAGCUCACAAAAAUUGGCCAAGGCACUUUUGGGGAAGUGUUCAAGGCCAGGAAUCGUGAGACCAAGAGCUUGGUGGCCAUGAAGAAGGUGCUCAUGGAGAAUGAGAAGGAAGGGUUCCCCAUCACGGCUAUACGAGAGAUAAAGAUACUGCAGCUCCUCAAGCACGAGAAUGUUGUCAACCUCCUGGAGAUAUGCCGGACAAAAGGUGAGAGGGCUGUUCUAAAUGCAGGGUCAGCGUUCACACUGGGGGAAAUUAAGAAGGUCAUGCAACAGCUGCUCAAUGGCCUCUACUUCAUUCACAGCAACAAGAUCCUCCACCGCGACAUGAAAGCAGCCAACAUCCUCAUCACCAAGAAUGGCACGCUCAAACUGGCAGAUUUUGGUCUUGCUCGAGCAUUCAGCGCUGCCAAAGGAAGUCAGCCAAACAGAUAUACCAACCGUGUUGUGACCUUAUGGUAUCGGCCACCAGAACUAUUGCUUGGGGAGAGGAACUAUGGCCCCCAGAUUGACGUGUGGGGUGCAGGGUGUAUCAUGGCUGAAAUGUGGACUCGAUCGCCCAUCAUGCAGGGCAACACAGAGCAGCACCAGCUCCAGCUCAUCAGCCAGUUGUGUGGCUCCAUCAACCCGGAGGUGUGGGUGGGGGUAGAUAAGCUGGAGCUGUAUGGGAAGAUUGAGCUCCCCAAAGGCCAGAAGAGGAAGGUCAGGGAGAGGUUAAAGCCGUAUGUUCGGGAUCAGUAUGCUAUUGAUCUUCUGGACAAGCUUCUCACCCUGGAUCCAUCUAAAAGGCUGGACUGUGACACUGCUUUGAAUCAUGAUUUAUUCUGGUCGGAUCCCAUGCCAACAGAGCUGACGCAGAUGUUGUCCAGGCAUACCACGUCAAUGUUUGAGUACCUGGCCCCGCCCCGUCGUCGUGGACCUGUCCAUCCUCAUGCACCAGCACACAGACCAUCCCACAAUCCUGAUCAGCAUUUUGAGAGGGUCUUCUGAUUGGUUGUCAGGUCAAGAAGGUCGUCCGAUUUGUUGUGUGGAAGAGAGUGACUUCGAGAUGGGCGUUAGGAUGUCAUGAGACGAAGGGUAAUAGACAUCUUCUGCACUAUAAAGCAGUCAUACUGUUGUAGCCUAAAGUUUCAACACUCAUUAUGAUUAGGGUUGGUUCAGGUUCCUGGACCUAACUGCAUGAAGUGGUUAAACUGGUUAGUGUAAAGUUAGUCACUUCUGUAGCUGUCAUGAGGGUUGUACAUGCUUUCCUAAUACUCUGGCGCCAAUCAAGGUUUCUGUUGGGUAGAUAGUUUUUGUUUGUAACUCAAUGACAAGGGUACAAGUCAGUAUAUCUUUUUGAUACUUGUUGUUUAAUGCUAAAUUAGUGAUAUGUGUGUGUAUGUAAUAGUCAACAGUAAGCUAUGCAUACUUCAGUAAGAACGUUGUGACAGUAAAUCUCCACUUAGGUCAUUUUUUUUGUUUCUUGGAGUGAGCAUUUUGACAUAUUUGUCAGGUGAUAAUAAUGAAGACGGUAGUUUUUAUGAAGAAUCACGUUUAGAAUAGAAUAGAAUAAUACUUUAAUGCCUUUUCAGGAAUUUGUGUUACAUCAGCAGAGCUACUGACACAUCAGAGAGAUACAAAACAUAUUUACAUAAAUUC